AAACUCAAAUAACCCGUCUGCGCACCUACUUUCACAAACAAAACACAAAAACUCUCGAAAUAUAAACACGGAUUUUGCAAUUCAAGCCCUGCGGCGGCUUCCAACCACAAUUUUUCCAAACAUCUGUCAAAAAAAUUGAGGUUAUGUCGCUUGUUGCUCUCCCACUCUGUCAAAAGUGUCAUUUUCGUUCGAUAUUUGCAUUUGACGUGUUAUUUAAAAUUUUCUACUUAUUUAUUUACAAUACUCGUUGCAUUUAAAAACCCGUGCGUUAUUAAAAAUUCCUCGCUGUACGCGGCAGCCACCAAAAAAUGCUUUUAUCAAUUUCUACCCAAUUUUAACCGCACUCCCAGCAUGGAAUCCAGUGAAGAUUCAGCUUUUGACCAGUUUACCGAAGAAGUGGCCGACUUUUCGGAAGGCGAGGCGCCCCUUCGUGGCAACUUUUAUUCAGUGUACGUGCCACCAGACGUCCGGCAAAAGGGGACGCAACUAUGCAAGUACAUCUACAAGGAUAAGGUGGAGGCCAUGAAGAUGGUGAAGAAGACGAAAAAGGCGAGGUUCAAACACUUCGAGGUUUUUAACGAGGCUCUCAAGUUCGCCAGCGUGGGAGUGGUGGACCCCCCGCGGCCCUCUCAUCCCAUUAACGGCUCCAUCGUGAAGAGCUUGAGCUUGAGUCCACAGAUUGUUAACGAAAGACUGAGCCCCUUCAAGGGGCCGAAACCUCAGGAUUUGGUUAAGUUGAGGAAGGCCAUCGAGACGGGGGACGUGGAGACGUUCAGACAGGCGGUGUGGGAGAACCCGAGGUAUUUGGUCAGUAAUGGGGACACGCCGUCAAUUUUGCAGGAAGGCUUCCGCUACAACGCCCUCCACGUAGCCGCCAAAGCCAAAAGCGGCGUUUUGGCCGAAUCGAUCUUGAACACGAUCUCAAAUCCUAAAUUCGUCAAACUUUUAUAUGGCGACGAUCAAAAUGAGAACGUUGAGAGUAGAAUUCAAGUUUUAUUAGAUUUGUAUUUAAACACGCCCGAUAAGGGUUUAAACGAGACGCCACUGCAUUUUGCCUCGAAAUUUGGGGCUGUGGACGUCGUCGAGGUGCUGGUUUCAUUCCCUGAUUGUGAUAAAACUUUAAAAAAUAAAUAUGGACAGACUCCUGACAUGAUAAUUUGUGAUCGGUGUGACAAUAAAGAAAAAGUCAGUGUUUUGAAAAAGAAAAUUGCUAUGCAUUUGGAAAAUUGUUACUAUGUGCCUGUUCUAAGAGCUGAAGAUAAUAGCAUGCCGCCACUGGUGGGAGAGCCUUUUUCGCCAGGGAAGUCGCAGGUCGUUAACAAAGACCCCCUGAGCCCCCGCCUCGAAAUCCACGCCUUCGCCGGCCCCAUGAACAAAGAAGGAGCCGAUCAAUUCCGCAAAGUGUGGAAAACCCCUCCUCGAACAAGCACUCCAAUCAAACCAAAAAACGACAACUCCUUGGAGUCCGUCGUCGCUCUACGUUACACCGACCCGUCGAAAGGGUUGGAACGACUCGGCCAGAAGCUCGCAAACAAAUUCGACGUGAAUUGGAAAGAGUACUGGUCGUUUUUAGACUGUUUUGUUGACAUAGCCUCCGACGAGGGCUUACAUUUACUCGAAAACUAUCUAGCUUCUCAGGCGGCUGUCGUCGAUAAGUCGCCUGCGCCCUCCACUCCCGAGGAAUCCAAACGCACCUUCAGCACCAUCGCCGAUUUGUGCGUGCAGAUGCAGAACUGCACCCUGAUCGACAGCUGCGAGGAGGACGCGAAUUUUAACGCGUUUCUGUGCGUGGAGAAGGCCUGCAAUGUGUUCGCCAAUCGGAUAGCGAGCGAGAUCUACCAUAGAAUCUACGAAGAGUUCCAGCUGCAGGUCACCAUGCUUGAGAUGCAGACGAAACAAGUGGAGUUGUUGAUUUUAAGUUACAUGGACGACUGUAGGUUUAAUAAAGUCAACUUUGCGCAGUUGCAUCCGCGCUUAGGGGUGUUAACUGGGCAGAAGAUGUGUUACUUUAUUGACAAGAACUCGAGAGGGGGGUACAUCAAGAGCUUGAGUAAGUUUACGACGGAGUGUGUUAAGGCGUUUGACUGCUUUUCGAGCGAUGAUGAAGGGAAUUACCCGAAGGAUAAUAAACCGACGUCGUCGAAAAAGCAGCUGAUUUGUUUGACGCAGCACAUCUUGAAGAAUUUUAGUCAGGAGACGGAGCCGCGGUUGGAGUUGGACGAAGAGAGCGUCUGUCGGGACGCCUGGAUCAAAACGAAGGAGUGUACUUGUGUUUUUCAUUUUAAAAAGACGAGGAAGAGUCUGGGGUUGAGUAGGAACAACAGCACCAGACACUCGUUUAAAGGGUUCAAAGCUAGAAGGUUUCUAUUUUCGGAUAAAGACGGCAAGAAAGUCGAUGUAGCAGAUAAUGUGAUAGAAGAUUCCUCUUCCGACGAAGAAUUCUUCACCCCUCCUGGCAGCCCUAGCCAGCUUUGUGAUUCCGACAACGAAGACGAUUUUAGUGAUGUACAACUUUUAUCAGAAGUAUUUAUAGAAGAUAAUAGUCCCACGAAAACCGAUUGUGCUCUAUUCAAAGCUUUAAAGUACGCUGGUUGCCAAAUAACGCCGGGGAAGUACCCGAACAUCUACAGGUGGCACCAUAACGUGGGCCUGUACUCCGACGCAGAACGAGAAAGCUGGCCCCGCCCGAAAACCAAAACAUCGCACCAAUCAAACUACUCGACCCCGCCUCGCCAUCUUAGUUCCAAAGCGUGCACGCCCCCUUCCACGUCGUGGCUUCGGAUAACCGGAGCCAACUCUCCGCGUGCCAGUCUUCAAAACAAAAUUAAUUUGUAAGGUAAUAAAAUCUCCCGUCUUGAGUUUUUAGUUCGUUUUAAAAAAAGGUAAAAGUCUUUAAGAAGAGGUUCUUUAAUUAAGACACUGUGUGCAGGUUGUGCCUAAAAAACUAAUAUUGAGUGUCAAUUUAUAUAGUUAUGUAUUAUACUUUGUACAAACAUUUCUAUUUUGUUAAUUGUUUCACGUGAGUGAUAUAAACUAUUUUGUAACAAAA